AUGUCCACCAACAUAAGCCAACUCCUCAAGCGCAUCCGCAAGUUCAUCCCCCCGCUCGAUGGCUCCCUUCACAAGGGUCAGUCCGGCCGCGUCGCCGUCAUUGGCGGUUCAGAAUCCUACACUGGAGCUCCCUACUUCUCCGGUCAAUCAUCUAUGCUCCUCGGCGCUGAUCUCGGUCAUGUCAUCUGUGAGCCUGGAGCAUCGACUGUGAUCAAGUCGUACUCCCCAGACCUGAUCGUCCACCCUCUCAUGUGCGAGUCUAAACGUGCGACGGCUGAGCGUCCCACAUCUAAGAUUGUUGAGGAGAUCGCCGCCCAGUUGGAUCGUUUGCAUUGUAUCGUUGUCGGUCCUGGACUCGGACGGGAUCCGAUGAUGCAGGAUAUUGCCGAAGGCUCUAUCAGAGAGGCCAGGAAGAGGGAGAUGCCGAUCGUUAUUGACGCUGACGGGUUGUUCCUCGUCACCAACAAGCCCGAGAUCGUCAUGGGCUACGAACACGCCGUCCUUACCCCUAACAUCAUGGAGUUCAAGCGUCUCGCCGAGAAGAUGCAGGUUGACAUGAACGGGGACGCGACCACCCUAUGCGCCAAGCUCGCUGAGAAGUUGGGUGGUGUCACGAUCAUUCAGAAGGGUCAAAAGGACUAUAUUUCCAACGGAAAGGAGACUAUGGUCGUCGAGAACGAGGGUGGAUACAAGCGUUCCGGUGGUCAGGGUGAUUUGUUGUCCGGAAUGACUGCUACUAUGCUCGCUUGGAAGAAGUGUUACGAGGAGGGAACCUGCUACCCUUACCAGGUACUGUUCCCGGAAGGCGUUUGA